UAGCAGCCAGGCUUUGAAGCUGCAAGGCCAUUCAAUGCUAAUCAAGCUGGACACUUGUGAUUCCAGGCAAAGUAGUCUCACCAAGGCGGAAUGAUUUCAAUGGGGAUCCCAAUGUGCUGGCUAAAAUGGGAUUUGCAUCCAAUGAGCUGGGCAUCAUCCAGCUUUCCCAGGCCAGGCAGGAGUGGGCGGGGCCUCUGGUGGGCGGAGCCUCGGAGGUGGGCGGGGCCUCACCCCUGGGCUUUAAAACGAAUUAAAACGCCCCUUCCACUCCAGUCGCUUUUGCUCCAGAAGGAAAGCGGGAUGGAAGCCCAGGCCCAAGAAGAGGAGUGGCGCCCCCUGGGUCCGGCCCCCCGCAAGCGCAAGCGCACCACCUUCAGCCGGGGCCAGCUGUGGGAGCUGGAGCGGGUCUUUGCCCUCCUGCCCUACCCGGACAUCGGUACCCGAGAGCGCCUGGCCCAGCUCACCCAGCUGCCCGAGGCCAAGAUCCAGGUCUGGUUCCAGAACCGUCGUGCCCGGAGAAUCAAGACAGCGGGCACCCCCAAAGCCCCCAAAGCGAAGCCGGGGCCUCCUCCGCAUUGGCCCCUCUUGGAGGACGACGAAGAGGACGAGGAGGAGGAGGAAGGAGCGAGGAGGCCGGACACGUCGGCUUGGUCCGCCUGGGCCGGGACAUGGGACGCGAGCCCCCCUCCAGCGCCCCCCGGCCCCACCUCCAUGGGCUCCAUCUCGGAGCUCAUCUACAGCGCCGCCCUGGUGGCCAACUUCGGGGAGGUCUAGGCGCUUGGGGGCCACUCACACUGGACUCGGGGACGAUACGAUUGACGUCCCCGUUUGGCAAGGGUGCUGCGGAUGGGACUUGUAGUCCGUCACCCCCGUGUAACCUCUGCAGGCCAAAGCCCUGUGAAGACUUGGAGCUCUGCUGGCUGGAGCGCUCUGGGAGAUUAUCAUUGAUAUUAUCAUAGUUCCACCCAAAGCUCUGCUGCCUGGGUGACAUCAUCAUCAUCAUCAUGUUGUUGUUGUUGUUGUUGUUGUUGUUAGAUUUGCAGUCCCACCCAAAGUUCCGCAAGCUAGGGUACUCUGGGACUUGUAGGUCUGUUGGCUGGGAUGUUAUUAUUAUUAGUAGUAUUAUCAUCAUCAUCAUUAUCAUAAUUAUUAUCAUUAUAUCAUCAUUUUGUUGUUGCUAUUGUUGUUAGACUUGUAGUCCCAUCCAGAGUUCUGCAAGCUGGGGUGCUAUGGAACUUGAAGGCUGCUGAAUGGGACAGUAUUAUUAUUAUUAUUAUCAUCAUCAUCAUCAUGUUGUUGUUGUUGUUGUUGUUAUUAUUAUUGUCAGACUUGUAGUCCCUUCCAAAGCUCUGCAAGCUGGGGUGCUAUGGGACUUGAAGGCUUCUGAAUGGGACAUUAUUAUUAUUAUCAUCUUAUUAUUAUUGUUGUUGUUGUUAUUGUCAGACUUGUAGUUCCACCGAAAGCUCUGCAAGCUGGGGUGCUUUGGGACGUACAGCUCUGCUGAAUGGGACAUCAUCAUCAUUUUUAUUAUAUCAUCAUAUUGUUGUUGCUGUUGUUAUUAUUAUUAUUAUUAUUAUUGCUGUUAUUAUUGUUAGACUUGUAGCCUUGCCCAAAGCUCUGGAGGGUGGGAUUCUCUGGGACUUGGAGGUCUAUUGGCUGGAUCAUUAUUAUUAUUAUUAUUAUUAUUAUUAUUAUUAUUAUUAUUAUUAUUAUUAUUAUUAUUAUUACCAUCAUCAUCAUCAUGUCAUCUUACUGUUGUUGUUAUUGUUAGACUUGUAGUCCCACCGAAAGCUCUGCAAGCCGGCUGGGACAUCAUCAUCAUCAUCAUAUCAUCUUACUGUUGUUGUUGUUGUUAGACUUGUAGUCUCACCCAAAGCUCUGCAAGCCGGCUGGGACAUUAUUAUUAUUAUUAUCAUCAUCAUCAUCAUCAUCAUAUCAUCUUACUGUUGUUGUUGUUAGACUUGUAGUCCCACCCAAAGCUCUGCAAGCCAGCUGGGACAUUAUUAUUAUUGACCGAUUGGACUUGUAGUCCCACCCAAAGUUGGCGGAAGGGACUUGUAUUUCUGCCAGCAGGAGUUGCGCUGGGACUUGUAGUCCUUUCCCAAAGCCUUGCUAGUCGGAGAGCUCUGGGACAUAAUAAUAAUAACAAUAACAAUAAUAGUCCCAGCCAAAGUUUGGCUGGAGGGCUCUGGGACAUUGUCAUCAUUGUUGUUAUUAUGACUUCUGUUUCCAAGCUCUGUUGCUUGGGGAGCAUGGGACUUGUAGUCCUCCCAGAGGAGAAAUUGCCAAAGUCUGUGAGCCACAGCAUUGCUGGACUGCCUUGGGGUACUACAACUCUCAACAGUGCCGGGGAAUCAUGGGUUUUGUGGUUCCAAACUUUGGAUUUGGACGCUUUUGCUGCCAUGGGAUCUCGCUCUCUAUCUCCCCGUAUCUUGCUUGAGAUUAUCGGGGGAAAGGACGGGAUGAUAUUUGUCCGAGCCUAGGGAUUAAAUGACAAGUGCUUUAAAUGCACCUGGACAAAUUAAUCCUCCUCUCUCUCUCUCUCCCAAAUCUCUUGUAACGCCAAUAAAAAGCCCAGGUCUUGCGAGACCCCGCGGAGCUUA